UGUCCAGUUUGGCUGUCACUGGUGUAUAAUACUGCGGCCACACGGAUCACUUGGAUGCUUCUAUCCCUAUGAGGGGACACCACCUGAUGUAAACUAAGGGUACGGAGCGCUCUCUUGAUGCAGGAAGCCGUCUCUUGCAGGUUUCCUGAGUCUCUUCCUGCUGCCCAGGAUGUGACACAAGUCUCAGGACGAGGUGAGGUUGAGAGCACUUCACAGAAUUACCUAUUUCCCCAGCAAGAGUUCCCCUAUCGUCACCUACUAUUCCCAAUAUAGAGACAUCCCCCAGUGCUUCGGAAUAACUCGGAUGCGAGACCGAAUUUCCACAGAGAGACAUCCCAGAGACUCCUGCCAGCUGACUUUUGAUUUUCCGUUCAUGAGACCUCUUCGCCUGCGAGAGACACCCCAAACUGAGUGACCGUUCAGCAGCAGUGACCCUAAUGCCUCGCGCCUCCCUGCGACCCCAGCUAGCCCGCCUCUGCAUACACACAUGAACUUGCGCACACUAAGGACUGCGCUGGAGGAGGAGAGACGGACUGGACACCGAGCGAAACAAGAGUCCAAAUACGAUCAGGGCGAGGCUUUGAAAUAUGAAGGAGAGGAAGAGCAGGACGGUGUCAUAUACAGUGUGUAUCUACGGAACACAAUUACACAACAGCCUCCAGCUAAAGUGUUAGCCCUGCGAGCUGGUACUCUUCCCAGACUGGUCCGCCAUCUUCUAGAAGCCCGGAUUCUGGGGGACACGUCAUUCACCCCAGUCUUCCUUGCAACGUAUCGUACCUUUAGCAGCACUACUGAAGUGCUGCGGAUCCUGCUGGACAGGUUACAGAGUCAUGGUCACACACCGACCUCCGAUAACUCACAUGGAGGGAAGGAAGAUGACAUCAGCAGUCUCUUCUGUGGCUGGAUGUCUCAGUACCCCAAGGACUUUGUAUCACUUGACCCCAGCAUGAGAGAGCGACUGUCUCUCUGCUUUUUGAGACUGCAGAAAACGAACUUGGUAACAAAACUUCAGGAACUUGGUGGGGAAGAGAAGGAUGGUGCAGAGCGCCCCCCCAUGGCGGGAAAUGAGACGGAGCACUCCGACCCUUUAGAUAUCCUGACAUUUCAAGCUAGCGAUGUGGCGGAACAACUGACCUGUUUGGAGGCUUCUUUGUUCUUAAGAGUGGUCCCAUAUGAGUGCUUGGGAUCAGUCUGGUCUCGGAGAGACAGGGGAGGAGACCACUGUGAACGAUGUCACACCGUCAGAGAGACGGUCCGCCACUUUAACCGCUUGUCAGGGGCCGUGACAGCAUCUUGUGUUCGAGACCCCCAACUGAAGCCACAACAGAGAGCCCGGGUGAUUGAGAAGUGGGUGAGAGUAGCAGAGGAGUGCUGGAACCUGAGGAACUUCUCGUCGGUCUACGCUAUUCUCUCUGCCUUACAAAGCACGGCUGUCCACCGCCUGAAGAGAGUGUGGGCUGAGACGUCUAGGGAAAUCCAGCGCAGCUACCAGGAAAUGAGCGAGGUUUUCUCUGAGCAAGACAAUUACGCCCGCAUGAGAGAGCAGCUCUUCCAGUCCCAAGACACACCUGAUGUUACCGCGAAAAGACACCUACCUCGGGCCAAAGACCCACGGGCCACGGGGGUAAUUCCGUACCUCGGCGUCUUACUCACCGACCUGGUCAUGCUGGAUUCUGCCAUCCGAGAUCAACUGGAGAACGGAUAUCUCAACUUUGAGAAGCGCAGAAAGGAGUUUGAGUCCCUGUCUCAGAUACGUAUUCUGCAGACGGUCUGCCUGGGAUAUCGGUUCCGUUCUGAUCCGCACUUUGUCAGCUGGUUCCUCAGACUGGGCUCCAUCAGCGAAGAUGAGAGUUAUCGACUGUCGUGCGAUAUUGAACCAACACAGGACGCAGUGCCAGUAGCACCGGUGAAACCUACAGUGAUCAUCACACACUGCACAGAUCUACUGGCUUCCAUCGCGGCACCAUUUGGACCCGGCCUGCACCUGGUGUCUUGGGACAUGCCCUGUGAUCGGCUGAUGACGCCUGGACUGACUGCGCAACAGAAGAGCCCGUCUGUCCCAGCGCUGGACCUACAGAGCUCCCCAAAGCCACCUCCCAAAGGGUUCCUUUCCCCGGUUACUGGCCGCGGGCACAGACGUUCCGCCUCUUGUGGUACCCCUAUAAAUCCCCCCGUGCUGCACAGCUCGUCUGCCGAGAGCCUUACGGAGCCCGGCAAACUACCUGACCCCACUGCAGAUAAUCGCAUCAUCCGUGCACGCGUGGAGCCUGCGGAGGAAAACAGCGUGUACAAGAGCGUGCGGAUCAGCAGUCAAGAAAAAGUCCCGACGGUGAUUGACCGGAUCGUCAGGAAACACCAUAUGCUUCCAAAGGGGCCGCAAGAACUGGUUCAGCUAUUGCCCGGGAAUAAAGAGCUGGUCAUUCCCGGAACAGCCAACGUAUUCUAUGCCAUGAGCUCCUCCAGCCUGGAUUUCCUGGUCCGCCCGCAACACCUCACCAAUACAGCACUUUUACCUGAAACCAGACAUCAUCUCAAGGCACACAUCAAUGCCACCUACCCCAAGGUCAAGGCCAAAGCUGGGGAUUUUGCAAAGUCCCUCUUCUAGUAGCCAUUCCUAGGACGAACGCACCAGGUGGUCAUGCUGGGUGCUGGACUCCAGACAUUGUAUGGCGAUCACACAGGGACCAUGAAACCCUUAUUCAGGAUAUGUGAUUUUCCGUAGUCUUCCAGUGACGUUGAACAUUACUUCACCAGUUGUAACAUGACCUGGCUGACAAGAAGUGACACUAAGCUCUCACCCGGCAGGAAGUGAUGCAAUGAAGCGAAAAUGUCCCCAUACUCCUCUACAAGACAUGACAUCACACUGCAAGUUAUAAAAAUGCUGCUCAACUCUUACACUAUUGUUAAAACACUAUUAUGCAUUGUUAUGUUGGAACUGUAUGUAUUUCUAUAUGCUACAUCUUAUCCAUGUGAUUAUAUUAAAAAAAGUCAUCUGUA